AUGCAGGGCCUGAGCUCCCGGGCUCACGCCUUUUCUGUGGAGGCUCUGGUCGGGAAACCCUGCAAGAGGAUGAAAGUGUCAGAGAGACACGAAUCCAGUUCAGCAGGAAGCCCCGGCGGUGACAGGAUCACCUUCACCGGUGAGACACAAGGACGCCAUGAAUAUCCCAGCAGCCUGAUGAAGAAAGCAGGUUCUCCAGUGAGGAGGCCAGGAGAAACCCCCAGUGACCCCACUGAUCUGACUGACAGGCCGGGAGCCGAGGACUCAGAUCCGGCCAAUGAGGAGAGCGACUGCCCGGCGGACAGAGAGGUCCGAGUGGAGCUGCAGGGCUCCGAGCUGUGGAAGAGAUUUUAUGAGAUCGGCACUGAGAUGAUCAUCACUAAAGCUGGCAGGAGAAUGUUCCCCUCUGUGAGAGUCAAAGUGCGCAAUCUGGACCCUUGCCAGCAGUACUACGUCGCGAUGGACGUCAUGCCCGUGGACUCCAAGCGCUACAGGUAUGUGUACCACAGCUCGCAGUGGAUGGUGGCCGGAAACACGGACCACUCCUGCAUCUCUCCCCGGCUUUACGUGCACCCGGACUCCCCGUGCACGGGAGAGACGUGGAUGCGCCAGGUCAUCAGCUUUGACCGGGUCAAGCUCACCAACAACGAGAUGGACGAUAAGGGACAUCAAAUCAUUCUUCAGUCAAUGCAUAAAUACAAGCCUCGCGUGCACAUCAUCCGGCACGACCCCCGGAUGGACUUGUCCCAGAUCCAGUCUCUGCCAGCUGAGGGGGUGCACAGCUUCUUCUUCCCAGAGACUGAGUUCACCACAGUCACAGCCUAUCAGAAUCAGCAGAUCACAAAACUGAAGAUCGACAGGAACCCCUUCGCCAAGGGCUUCAGAGAUCCAGGCAGGAAUAGGGGGGUUUUGGACGGGCUGCUGGAGUCGUAUCCCUGGAGAGGCCCUCUCACCUUUGACUUCAAGCCUUUCACCAUACAGCUGCAAGGGAGCUCGGGGUCGCCGGCCGGCAGCGUGAAGAGCCUCUUCCCUCUGUCCUCCUCCUCAUCUCUUCUCCCACACUUUGGGCUGUCCUGCCCGGACGCUGCCCUCCACGCCCUCGCUCUCCCCCUCUACAGCAAGACGUCCCCCGCCUCACCGGCCAUGUCCCCUCUGCCCGCCGGCGCCUUCUCCUCCCUGGCUGCAGACACGGCGAGAGGCCUGCCCUCGCUGCCUCCGCUGACGGACCUGCCGCUGCUCUCCGCGCUGCAGGUGAAGAAGUGUCCCCACUUCGGGGAGUCGUGUCCUCACAGGGCCCCCGGGAGCCCCGCGUGCCUCCUCCCCUCCCUCCACAACCCUCUCAGCGCCCAGGGGUCUCCUCUCCUCCCCCAUCUAUCAAACUCUGCAGUCCCCUACUGUUUCUACCGCUACAACUUCCCCUUGAACCCCCAGCUCUCAGCUAUUUCCCGGCACGCCAAAAUAGCUGAAGACACCCCAGACUGUCUGCUGCGCCAGUCGCCAUGGCACCCGACCACCAACCACUGCCUCUGACAGCUGGACCACACUUACAGACUCCGGCCCAUUGAGUGGAACAAGCCAAAGCUCACUGACUGCAACAAAACAUAAUGGGCUGGUUCUCUAGUCAAGCCAGGCAGGAAGGAGAAAUGUUACUGUGUGGACAUUUUUUUUUUUUUUGUAUUUAAGAACUGUUUCUCACAUUGUGUUGGAUGUUGCAGCACAAAAACUGAUGGUGAAGCACGUUCACCUCCAGCCAAAAGGUUCCAAACAUCGGAGUUGAAUGAAACAUGUCUGUUCAGGCAGGAUGUUAAAUCUUUAUUUUGGACUGAAAAAAGUUGUACUUUUCUACAACCUUCUUUUUUCUUUCUUUUUUUUUUUUCUUUUUGUGAUAUUUCAGUCCCCCGCGGCUGUUACCAAAGAGCACCAGCAGUAGGACCUGAGGUAUGU